AUGCAACAACGUAAACUGGGUUCCCACGGUCCCGUCGUCUCCGCCCUGGGGCUGGGAUGCAUGGGCAUGAGCGACUUUACUCUACCGGCGCCGAUCGGCAGGAGGCCAUCGCCACGCUGCACCGGGCGCUGGAGCUGGGCGUCACGCUGCUCGACACCGCCGACAUGUAUGGUCCGCACACCAACGAAGAGUGGGGGGGAAGCGAUCAAGGGCAAACGGCAACAGGUGUUCCUGGCUACCAAGUUCGGCAUCCUGCGCGAUCCGGCGGAUCCUUCGGCGCGCGGCGUCAGCAGCCGGCCCGAGUAUAUCCGGCGCUCGGUGGAAGGCAGCCUGCGGCGCUUGGGCGUAGAGGAGAUCGAUCUUUAUUAUCAGCAUCGGGUCGAUCCGCAGGUGCCGAUCGAAGACGUCGUGGGCACGAUGGCGGAUUCUGAUCCGCGAAGGCAAGAUCCGCCAUAUCGGCCUGAGCGAGGCGUCGGUCGCCACGCUGGAGCGGGCGCACAAGGUGCAUCCGAUCACGGCGUUGCAGACCGACCCGUUAGGGCGCGGUUUCCUUACCGCGCUAUCCGGCGGCCGGAGGAUCUGGCCGAGGACGAUUUCCGCCGCGGCAAUCCGCGCUUCCAGGGCGAAAACUUCGCCCGCAACCUGGCGCUGGUGGAGAAGGUGGGUGAGCUGGCGGCGCAGAAGGACGUCAAGCCUUCACAGCUGGCGCUGGCCUGGGUGUUGGCGCAGGGCGAGCACAUCGUGCCGAUCCCCGGCACCAAACGCCGUCGCUAUCUGGAAGAGAACGUCGCGGCGGCGGAGAUAACGCUGAGCGCGGCCGAACUGGCGGCGAUCGAAGCGGUGUUUCGCUGA